GACCAAAUUACUUGUGAAGAAGAUGCGAAACUUUAUAUGACAGGUCCACCAAAUGGAUGCAAAAGUACAUCAUAUUCGGCAACAAACUAUUGGAUUUCCGUUCAAAAAUGUUUACCCGUAUCAAAGCCAUAUGAUUGCAUCGACUGUAUGUGUGAGGCAUCCGGUUGCCAGAAAUAUCUUGGUAAAUGUACCAACGACCAGGGGACUUGGAGAUGUGGUCCAAUGUGGAUAAGUGAAGCUGUUUGGAACGAAUGUGGAAAACUUAAAGGAGACUGGAAAUCCUGUGCAAGGGAUUCUGUAACUUGCUCAAAGAAUUGCGUGAAGAACUACCUAAAUAAAUAUAGGACGCGUUGCACGGGAAAACCUGC